CCGGGCAGUCUCUCCUGUCAGCAGUCGUGCAUGUGAACUGCAUCAGACAGCAAGUCUGCAGAACGAAGUGUGCACAUCAGUGUGCUGCAGUGAGAUCCAGCUCCUGAACACACCCUGCUGCAGCCCGCAGAGCACCCACACAGCACCGACAGCGCACCGGCUGCACCCCGUUACCGAGCGCAGAGGAAGAACCGGCGAGCUGGUGUCACGCAGCUGAGCACCAGGAUGGCUCAAAAUGACAAAGACCCGAUGCCCGCAGUGGGGACGCUCUCCCCGAGCCAACUGCAGUCCCACCUCAAGAUGGAGCCCAAGACUCUGGGGGCGAUCCAGGUCGUUAUUGGAGCUUUGAUUCUCUGUCUGAGUGCCUCUGUGCUCCAGAUCCACGAGGUCCACUUCACGGGAGACGUGGCGCUCUUCCUGAUUGUUGUCAUACAGGUGACGUUGUCUGGCUCAGUGUUGAUCCACAGUGGGAGGAGACCCACUCUGUUUUGGGUGAAAUGUGUCCUGGUUCUGCACCUCAUCAGCGCAGCAUUUGCCACUGCUGCCCUCGGUCUGAUGUCCAAACACCUGCCCUACCGCCAGGACUCUUACCACUGUGAACACUGCCGCAGGCUGGAGCUACAUGCUGUGCAACAUUGUUUCAGGAAAUGCACCGGGCUGAUCGAGCAAAAGUGUAAACUGUUGAUUGACGGGAUCCUGGGGACGCUGGUGAUCUUCCUGGUGCUGGAGCUGUUGAUCUGCAUCACUGCCAUGCUGUUCGGACUCAGUGUCCUGGCUGCUGGUGGAACCCAGGCUCCCAGUCAGAGACCUGUCUAUCCACAGACGCGCCCCCCACCUGCUCCAGCUGUUCAGGCUGUUCCAGUUGCAGCAGCCGCAGCAGCUGCAGCAGCGGUAGUAGCAGCAGCCGAGCCGUCUCAGCAGGUGGCUGUAGUUGUGACUGAACCAGAUUCGGAGCAGGUGGAGGACAUCUCCACCCCACCCACUGAACCCCAGGUGGAGCCGAUCGAAUCUGUGACCACAGAGCCCUGAAGUUAACACACACACACAUACACACACACACACACACACACACACACACACACACACACAGAGUUCCCUGUGCUGUCAUGUCAUGUCAGUUAGAGUGGAAAUACAGAUGUCAACUGAGAAAAACUUUUCUAGACAGCCGUCUUCUGGCCGUUUGAAUAAGAACUCAGUAAUCUCCCAUUUAGGUUGAUGACUCAUGUAUGUAAGUGACAACAUAUCAGUCAAAGGUAACAAACAGAAUAAGAAUUGGUCAAAAAUAAAUGUGAGUGUCCCAAUAAGUUGCCAUCCUGUCCUUUCACUUCUGCCAUGACAUGACCACAAAAUCAGUGUCAGCACCAUUGGACCUACAGCGCACUAUAUUGUGGUUAUGAUAUGGAUCAGUGUUAUUAGUGAUGUUGAUUUAUUCUUCAAAUACUAAGAUCACUAAAAUAAAUCGAGAGAAAUUAAAAAGUCGCAGAAAAAGACAACCAGAUUCUUAGCUUCGACAGCGAGGGGAAAGCAAAGAUCUCUUAGGGGUAUGUCGUAUGUAUUCACUUCACUAGUAGUCUGUGCGCGUUUUGUGUUAAUUAGACUGAAGGCAGAUAUAAUAUGUGAUUCAUAUUAUUUUGCCUUUCAAAGAUCUUUAACCUCUCUUGCCUAAAACGUAUUUGACUGUUGAACUAAGAUUUUCUUGUUGUCUGGUUAUAAAACUAACCUUUUACUGAGUAUAUGCUAUUUAAAACUUGUCUUAAUGCCAUUACAGAAUUUUAUAAGUAUCACAGCAGCUGAUACUACUGUUUAUAUGAUCAUUUAUUGUUGAUUUUUAACAUUUUAGACAUGUUAUCAACUAUAUACUAUAUCUUACAUUUCCCAUAGUGCUUAUAAACUUGUAAGCUUCUCUUUGUUAGACCUCCACACACACUGACAAAUACCCACUUUUUCAAUCUGCAGUCAGCCUCUUUGUAGCAUAAUGCGUAGUCUGUGGAAACAAAUUUCCACUUUUGGGGACAAUCAAAUCAAACAAUCUAAACGAGUUUCUCGUCUCCAAGCCACAAUAAUCGUGCUAAUAAUCCUUCCGCUGUUGGUAACAUCUGUGUGUGGAGUUUAGGGAAGAGUUGCUCCUUCACACUGGAUAGAGAUGUCUGCUGGAUGCCUUUCUAAACAGCUGGAAGAUGCAUACCUCAUUUGUACUUGCAAUGAUCCGAGAUGCCACAGAAAGUACUGUGGGACAUUCGGUCCACCAUUAG